CGAGACCAUGAUUGAGUAUCGAGACGGUAUCUACGGUGUCGUCGAAGCCGACGGCGAUCUUUGGAAGGAGCAACGGAAAUUCGCGCUCCACACGCUACGCGACUUCGGCAUGGGCAAGAAUUUGAUGGAGCAGAAGGUAAUGACCGAAGUAACCCAUCUACUCGACCGAAUCUCAAACCAAAGCGGAAUUGCCGCCCAGUGGGAAUUCGAUGUUGCAGUGGGGUCCAUUAUUAACAGUCUACUUUUCGGGUAUCGAUAUGAGGAGGAAAACCUCGCCGAGUUCAAGGAGCUCAAAGGCCUUCUGGGAGACCAUAUGAAAAUUGUAGCCUCGCCAACAGGAGGGCUUGUAUUAAUGUUGCCCUGGACGAGACCGUUGCCCUAUUUCAAGGAAGCCCACGCGAAAAUUCUCUACAUCCGUGAUCGAAUCCUGAACUGUUUCCGGCGUCAACUAGCUGAUCGCAAGCUUCCGAUCGAAACGGAAUUUGAUACCGAGCAGCAGAAAAAGAAGGAUGAGCCCGACUUUGGGGGCUUUAGCAUGAAACAACUGGAAAAUGUCAUCUUUGACUUGUGGAUUGCUGGAAUGGAAACAACAUCAAAUACCCUCACCUGGGGUCUAGCUUUCGUCCUAAAUGACGACGAGGUCCAGAGAAAAAUUCACGAAGAGCUCGAUUCGGUCUUAAAAUCCGAUCGUCUCGUCACGCUUGCCGAUAAGCCGAAUCUGAACUAUAUCAACGCGACGAUAUGCGAAAUCCAACGACUCGCUAACCUGCUUCCGAUGAAUCUCAUUCACCAGACAACCGAGGACGUCACAAUCAAUGGCCACUUUUUAGAGGCAGGCACAAAUGUCAUUCCACAGAUCUCGUGUGUGCUUUUUGAUGAGAAGAUCUUCCCCGAACCACAAUCCUUCAAACCGGAAAGAUUCCUGAAUCCCGAUGGCUCGCUGCGAAAAGUCGAAGAAUUGAUCCCGUUCUCCCUCGGCAAGCGCCAAUGCCUGGGCGAGGGGCUGGCCAGGAUGGAGCUCUUCCUCUUUGUUGCCAACAUUUUCCAAAAGUUCAAGGUCACCUCCCCCACCCGACCAUCGCUGAAAAAAUCCUUCGGUUUCACUGUACAAACGGCGCCCUACACGUGCAAUUUUGAGGAGAGGUUU